CGUCGGCUCCUCUCCUACUACAAGGCAAGUCAAGUUGAGCACAGUGAAGUGAGCGAGUCUCUACUAGCUAUAGUUGCCUCGGUCUCUGUCAAAUUAUUUAACCAAUUCAUGGCGCGUCCCAAGAACAACCAGAACCCCAGGGUGUUCCUGGACCUCAGCAUUGGCGGCGAGCUGGUUGGCCGCGUCGUCAUCGAGCUAUUCGCCGACAAGGUGCCCAGGACGGCGGAGAACUUCCGGCAGCUGUGCACCGGCGAGCGCGGCUUGGGCCGGUGGUCUGGCAAGCGGCUGCACUACAAGGGCGCGCCGUUCCACCGCGUGGUGCCCGGGUUCAUGUGCCAGGGCGGCGACAUCACGGCGGGCAACGGCACGGGCGGCGAGUCCGCGCUCGGCGACGGCGGGCGGUACUUCGCCGACGAGGCACUCGGCGCCGUCCGGCACUCCGGCCCCGGGGUGGUGUCCAUGGCCAACGCCGGGCCCAACACCAACGGGUCCCAGUUCUUCAUCACCUUCGCCGACGCGCCGUGGCUGGACGGGCGCCACGUCGCGUUCGGCCGCGUCGAGCAAGGCAUGGCGGCGCUGCGCGCCAUCGAGAAGGCCGGGUCCAUGAGCGGCAGGACCGUGAGGCCGGUCGUCAUCGCCGACUGCGGCCAGCUCAAGGACGACUACGCCGCCAUGUUCUAAUUAAGUGAAGGAUAAUCAAACUUACUCUAUCUGCACCACCAAAUCUGACACUAGUACGUAUACACGUACACUUAUAUGUCCUAUACAAGAUGCGUGCGAGACUACGUUCGUAGAUGAGCAUAUAUAUGCGUGAUUAUUUGGUCCUAAUUUGUUCAUGUCGUGUUGACCGUUCCUAUAUAUAAAUGCUGAGGUGUGUGAGUGGUUAAUUCUGUAUAAUUAAUAAUACUACUAUGGUAAAUGGAAUUGCUCACUGCUGUGUCCCAAG